AUGAGCAAUACGGACUUCCUGGGGCGGGCGAUCGAUACGGUCAAGAAGGCAAUCGAGAAUGACAAUGAGGGCGAGUACGAAAAGGCUUAUCAGAUGUACUAUUCCGCACUGGAGUUGUUCAUGCUGGCUUUGAAAUGGGAGAAGAACCCCAAGUCCAAGGAGAUGAUCCGUGCAAAAGCCGGCGAGUACAUGGAUCGCGCGGAGAAGCUUAAGAACCACUUGGCUGAUGAUCGGAAAAAACCAAGCGCUGUUGGCGCAAAUGGCAAGGUGGCGCAAGGUAGUGGGAAGGGAGGGAAGGAAGAUGAUGAUAAUGGCGAGGAUGCGGAAUCGAAAAAGCUCCGGUCAGCACUUCAAGGCGCUAUCCUGUCCGACAAGCCAAACGUGAAAUGGGAGGAUGUUGCAGGUCUGGAAAAUGCAAAGGAAGCUUUGAAGGAAGCUGUCAUUCUUCCUAUCAAGUUUCCUCACCUCUUCACCGGCAAGCGGCAACCCUGGAAGGGUAUCUUGCUUUACGGUCCCCCUGGUACUGGAAAGUCUUAUCUCGCCAAAGCGGUUGCAACAGAAGCAAACAGUACAUUCUUCAGUGUCAGCAGUAGUGACUUGGUAUCGAAGUGGAUGGGAGAGAGUGAACGACUUGUCAAGCAGCUGUUUAAUAUGGCCCGUGAAAACAAGCCCGCCAUUAUUUUCAUUGACGAAGUUGACGCUCUGUGCGGACCUCGUGGCGAAGGAGAGUCCGAGGCAUCUCGACGUAUCAAAACCGAGUUGCUUGUACAGAUGGAUGGUGUCGGCAAAGACUCAAAGGGCGUCCUGAUUCUAGGCGCAACUAAUAUCCCCUGGCAACUUGAUGCUGCCAUCCGACGACGAUUCCAACGCCGAGUACACAUCAGUCUGCCAGACGUCAACGCACGAAUGAAGAUGUUCAUGCUGGCCGUGGGCUCCACGCCGUGCCAAAUGUCCCAAGCUGACUAUCGCCAACUAGCCGAUCUGAGCGAGGGCUACUCCGGCAGUGAUAUUAGUAUCGCCGUGCAAGACGCAUUGAUGCAGCCAAUCCGUAAGAUCCAAGGAGCAACACAUUAUAAGAAGGUUUUGGUUGAAGGCGAAGAGAAACUCACCCCCUGCUCACCAGGAGACGCAGGCGCAAUGGAGAUGAGCUGGCUCAAUGUUGAUGCAGAGAAGCUCCUGGAGCCCCCACUCGUCUUAAAGGACUUCAUCAAGGCAGUCAAAAACUCCCGACCAACCGUCAGCGGAGAAGACCUCACGAGGAAUUCCGAAUGGACCCAAGAAUUCGGCAGUGAGGGUGCCUAA